AUGAUGCUCGACAAAGAAACAACGCCAACAGCAAACACAAAGCCUAAUUUAGCGGCCAAGUACAGAGGAGCUUGUGUGGAGGACCUCCAACUUCCACCUGCUUUUUGUUUAUCGGAAGAUGCUCGAAUAUCGCAUGCGCUCGAAGCAGCUUAUGAGAGGGAAUUUGACCAACUUCCUAUCCUGAACGACCGCCGAAAACCUAUAGGAUAUCUACAUGUCCCCUCACUGAAGCAGAAAUUUGAGGCAGGAUCAAUCAAGGAGGAUCAUCCCGUUUCGAAACACAUAACGCAUUUCCCACUUGCAUCACGUUCCCACCCUUAUACGAUAAUUCAGCCCCUAACACCGUUAGAAGAAUUAGAGAUCUUUUUCAUCAAUGCAGGAGUAGACUUCGCUCUAGUCACGGACGCAGAACGUAAAUUCAUCCUCGCUGUUGCAACAAAAGAUGAUCUUGAGACGUUUGUCAAAAGAAGAGGUUAA